AUGCUCUCCCUCCGCUCCGCUGCGCGCGCCGUCCCGCGGGUGCUCGGCCGCGCCGCCGCCGCCCCGCUGCGCUCAUCCGCCACGGCGCGCCCCAGCAUCUCGGCCACGGCGGCUGCUCUGCGGCAGCCGGCCCGCGCUGCCUUUUCGGCCACGGCGGGCCGCAGGGCCCAUGUCGCUGAGUCUACCGACGAGCUUUCGGCCAAGCUUGAGAGCGAGCUUCAGAUCGAGGAGGACCUCAAGGCCAACGAGCAGCAGCCGGCUAGCAUCAAGGACUUUUUGGACAAUUGCCCCUUUGAGCUGCAAGAUACCCCUGGCCAGGAGGUUGUCAAGCUUGUCCGCUCUUUCAACGAUGAGAAAAUCACAGUCAGCUUCUCCAUCUCCGACAUCACCAACUAUGACCCCUUCAACGAGGACCCCGCCCUCGAGGAAGACGAGGACCUCUCCGACGAAGCGCUCCAGAACCCCAACCAGCAGGGCGGCGUGCCCGCCAAGGGAGGCGCCCGCUCCGCCGCCGCCGAGGAGCAGAUGGAGGACGACAUGGACGAGGACGACCUGGGCGAGGGCGCCGUCGCCCCCAUCAACCUGACCGUCGUCGUCGAGAAGCCGGGCAAGACCAAGGGCGCGCUCAGCGUCGAGGCCACGGCCACCGACGGCAACAUUGUCGUCGAAAACGUCUUCUACUACGACGACGCCGCCAUGGCCAGGCUCGACAGCCCCGACGCCGCCCAGAGGCGCGCAGACGUCUACCCCGGCCCGCCCUUUGGCAGCCUCGACGAAGACCUGCAGGUCCUGGUCGAGCGCUUCCUCGAGGAGCGCGGCGUCACCCAGGCCAUGGCUACCUUUGUACCUGACUACGUCGACGCCAAGGAGCAGUCCGAGUACCUGCGCUGGCUCAGCAAUGUCAAGGCCUUUGUCGACGCUUGA